ACCAGCAGCCUCGCCCAUUUCCCUCAGCUCUUUUCCAAAUACCACCACUUGGUGAUUGAGUCUCGAGAGCCGUAGGGCUUGGCGUGCGUUCACGCUACCAUUAGAAUAUCUUCCACGUUCCUGCUCGCUGUUCUUCCACACAUUCCUCUGUUGAGCUACCGCUUCCCUGACGAUCAGCAGCCAUGCGCGACGAUCACGGCGGAGGGGCGUCCCUCCUAAAACGCAAAUCCAAGUCAUUCCUCGCCGUCGCGGCGCACGAGCCGGGCCUAUGCAGCAUCCUCUUCGACCUUGACGGCCGGAACAUCCUAACAGCCGGCGCCGACAACCAGGUGAAGCUGUUUCCCGUCAAGCCGUCCGCGUCGUCGUCCGGCGACGGCGCGCCGAGCCUGGGCGACCCGCGGACGGUGCGCGUGGAGCACAAGGGGCCGAUGACGACGCUCGCGAUGAGCCCCAUGGGGGAUAAGUUCGCGACGGCCGCGGAGGACCACACAGUGAAGCUGCACUCUUAUCCUGCUGCGCGGUUCGAGAGCAACGUGACACGCUUCACGCUGCCCAUCCGCGCGCUCGCCUUCAACAUCUCGGGCGGCCUGCUCGCGGCGGCGGGCGACGACGAGGGCAUCAAAGUCAUCUCCACCGUCGAUUCCUCCAUCGUCUCCGUGCUCAAGGGCCACGACGCGCCCGUGCUGAGCGUGGCGUUCGACCCGAAGAACGAGCUGCUCGCGUCGUGCGACGCCGACGGAACGGUCAUCAUCUGGAGCAUUUCCACCGCUAAGCCUCUGCACACUCUGCGCGGCGUGUCCCCCGUGAUCGACGCGGUGGCGGCGGAGGAGGAGGCGGACGGCGCGGCGGCGGCGGUGGCGGGGCGGAGCGGCGUGGCGUGGCACCCGGACGGCAGCCUGCUCGCCACUCCCGGAACAGACAGCGACGUGGUCUGCUACGACCGCGACACGGCUGACGUCAUGCUCACUCUCAAGGGCGUUCACAAGUCGCGUGUAGCCGUUCUCGCCUGGUGCCCCAGCGGCCGUUACUUAGCCUCAGCCGGCGCGGCAGACGGCACGGUAGCGGUGUGGGAUGUGGAGGCGGCAGACGGCGCGUUCGACCUCGACGUGUGCCGCGUCGAUGCCGGCGCGCCAAUCACGGGCCUGCAGUGGAGCCCCGCGGAUAACGCGAUCGCCGCCAUUGAUUGCGCCGGCUGCUGCGGCGUGUGGCACGGUCCGGUGCCGCCCCACAUGCCCGCGCCGAACGCGGCGCCGCAGUGGGGAGGGGCCGGCAUCGAGCAGCAGAAAGAGGCCCGCCGUUCUCGGGAGGAACUGUUUCGCUUCGAGGAUGCUCCUGGUGCGGCAGGUGGCGGCAGCGGAAGGGCGGACAGCAGGGGGCAGGGGGGCGGGGAAGGCAGCGGGGGGGAGCAGGAGCCGCCCUUUCAACCUGGCUCAACGACCCUCACAGCAGCAGCGGGCGGCAGCAGCGCAGAGGGGGAGGAGGGCGUGGAGGGGCCAGGGGGGGCGCGGCUGCGGUACCUGGCGUAUGACCUGGUGGGGCGGGUCACGACUCGCAUGGAUGCUGAGAGCGAUACUGCCCAUGUGGAGGUGGACUUCCAUGACACGUCAGCAGCAGUGACACGUGUGCCAGCGCUGACGGACUACUACGGGUGCACCAUGGGGGUGCUGGGGAAGAGGGGGUACGCCCUCGCCUCGCCUGCGCGUUCCAAGCAGCCCUCCACCGUCCUCUUCCGCCCUUUCACCUCCUGGGCCCCCUCCUCCGACUGGUCUGUGCGGCUGCCAGCAGGGGAGGAGGUGACAGCCAUUUCCGUGGGGCGCAAGUGGGUGGCGGCAGCAACGUCGAGGCACUAUUUGCGCGUGUUCUCGGACACGGGGCUGCAGCGCGCCAUCGUGUCGCUGGACGGCCCCGUCGUCGCCAUGGCCGGCCAGGGCGCAUUCCUCGCAGUCGCCUUCCAUGCUGCGGGGCCGCACCCGGAUGGGCACCAGGCCAUGCACCUUCUCCUCCUGGACAUGCAUUCCUCCUGUCUCCGUCUGCGCACGCCCAUCGCCCUCUCCCCCUGCGCCUCUCUCGCCUGGCUGGGCUUCUCCAGCAUCUCCUCCGACCCCUCUGCACCGCUCCACACCACCGUGCCCACUGUCGCCACCUAUGACUCCCAGGGGGUGGUGCGCAUUCUCUCUCCAGACUUUGGCGGCUGCUGGAUGCCCAUAUUCAGUGCGAGUGCAUCGGCGACGAGUGAGUCGCACCGGCUGUGGAUGGUGGGUCUGGACCUCCGCGAGCAGGCCAUCUUCUUCAUCGUCUGCACCAAUGCCAACCCCCAGCCCUCCGUCUUUCCUCGCCCGGUGCUAUCGGAGAUGCCUCUCGUGCUGCCUCUCGCCCUCUCCGACCUCGCAGCAGCCGACUCCCUCCAGGCCGACCUCCUGCGCUCAGCGCUCGCCACGGCCCAUGUGCGGGCGGUGGCAGACGAGGCUUUGCAGAUGGGCGAGCAGGGGGCGAUGGCAGCAGCAGAGGACGAGGAGGAGCUGCUGAGGCUGGAGGCCGAGAGGGACAAGACUCUGCUGCGCCUGCUCGUCGCCGCUGCUAAAGGCGACAAGCUGGAGCGGGCCAUGGAGCUGGGCACCAUGCUGUCCCUUAGGAAGAGCCUCCAGGGGGCUGUCAAGCUCACGUCCGCGCUGCGCCUGCCUGUGCUCGCUGAGCGCCUGCACUCGCUGCUGCAGGAGCGCUUGCGGGCCGAUGAAGAUGAGCAGAGGCUGCAGCAGCGCAAGGAGCAGCAGCAGCAACAGCAACAACAACGUUCUAUGCAGACACGAGUUUUUCCCGACCCACCAAUCAAUGCCAGCCGUUCCCAGCCACAGCAGCUGCAACCACGACAACAUGCAAAGGAGCCGCAUCAAAAGGAACCCUCCUGUCCUGACCUGGCUCCCCCCACACAAAAGAGUCCAUCUGCAUUGGCCCCCAUGUUCGUCAAGAAGGGCUCAGGAACAAACCAGAAAGGAACAGCAGCUGGUCAAAAGCACGUGGUAGCGAAUCCUGUGGUCGAUUGCUCCAGCCCUGAAUCAGCUGCCAAAGGCACUGCCACAGACAGUGGUGGUGUUAGAGGCGAGGAGGCAGGUGCAAGUGGUGCAGGCGGGGCAGCAACACCAGCUGCAAACGCGAAGCCGUGUAAUCCAUUUGGGAAGAAACCUGCGGCUGGAGAAGCAGCAGCUGGUGGGGCCGUGGCUGGAAAGGUGGCGGAAGGUUCGGUGUUGGAUUCAGUCAGGCAAAUGCAGCAAGUGGAGGGAACGUUGAAGGUAACCAAAGUAGGGGGUGGAGUUGGGACGAAGCGUGAGUCCUUAGGAGCCGGGGCAGGUGGAGCAAAGCGACAGAAAUUAGUUGCUGCAAAGAAAUAAUAAGUGAGAUCUAAAACCAGGUGAUAGGAAGGAGUGAGAGUUCUGGAAUGAUAGGUGAUGUGGAUGGUGGCAUGAUAUGUAUACAACACAAGGUUCACGACACAAGAUGCUGCCAAUUUGCG